AUGCUACGUUGGUCUGGAGGAGUUUCUAGAACAGAUAAAAUAAGAAAUGAUUACAUUCGUGGUAGUUUUAAGGUUGCUAUGGUGUACGAAAAACUUAGAGAAAACCGUCUACGCUGGUACGGACACGUGAUGAGACGGGACGAUGAUCAUAUGACUAAAAGAGUUAUGAACAUAGAAGAGGGGAAGAAAGGCCGUAGACGACCACCAAUAACCUGGCUGCAAACAAUAAGAAAUGACCUGAAAUCUAUUAACAUAUCAGAAAGGACAACCUACAAUCGCAAGAUGUGGCGCAGGAUUACUAGGAGGACUGACCCCAAUUAA